AUGGCAACACACACCAACAAAACGAGUGUGUCAAAACCAUCAUUUGCGAGCAUUGCGGCGAUGGCUCCUCCUAUCCAUCCUGGACCACUAAUCGUAGGCCGAGAAAAUGAGAGGCCUUCGAAAGCAUCGUCCCCAACCCGCUCAAGCCAGGCUUCAAAAGUCGAAAGCCCUAUGGCGUCUCAAUUGCACCGAGAACUGCAGAAUUCGAUGUCACGGCUUGCCGUCAGGGAAUCUCCACUGGCUUUGAACGCUUUAGAUGACCAGCAGAAGAGUAACAUCAGCCGGGCAGGUCUCAAAUUCGAUGAUGAUCAGACUCAGAUCUCAUCGUCGUCCACCAAGCCCGCAAGCCUUGAUGGCAAAAGCACUACCUCUGGCACAACAUUUGCGCUAGACGAAAAGGAGUCGCUUCGGCCGGAUGAUAGUGCCAGUGUCAAAGCUGCCGAGGAUGAAGAUUUUGGUUCGGGACCUGCGUCUGGUACGCAGAAUUCGCGGGUUGGUUCGGAAGCUGGGAGCAGAGCAUUUCGAGAUCAAUUCUACGAAAUCACCGAGAGCAUUGGCUCGGGCUCUCACCGAAUGCAUCCUCUCAGUCGGAGAAUCAUCGUGGGGAUUGAGGAGGAAGGACCGCAAAUGACACGCUCUCCACUUACAUCAGCAUUGCCAGCACCAGUCAACUUGCCUCAUCCUGAUAUCAUUGCGCCUAAAGCGCCUAUAAUUGAUUACAAGUAUCAGGAACCGGAUGAGAAAUUGUUCGAAGCCCUCGAAUCUCCCAAAGAUCGAUUGUUUCUUUUACGCCUUGAGCAGGAAGUAAUCACAUUCGUCAAAGAUUCACAAGAACCGAUGAUCGAUUUGCCUCCCUGUAAUUCUUUUUGUCGUCUACUAGCGCACAAGCUGGCAGAUUAUUAUGCAUUGACACAUUUUGUUGACAAUGCCGUAAGCUCUGUACGAUUGUACAGAACGCCUUAUUGUCGAGUCCCGCCUCCCUUAGGUGCCCUUGCACCAAAAGCUUCGGCUCCCGUGGAUGCCCAAUCCUCGUCUCAACCGACCAUGAAAAUCAUGCGUCGCGCAGGUGUAGGCAGGGAUGGCCAAAUUAUUGAAUCUGGAGCCAACACCGCAGAUGGCUCAAUGGCCCCUUCUAAAGCUGGUUCGGAGACUGGCGAAGAUAGCCAACGAGCCAUGACAAGGGAAGAACGGGAAGCGAAGUACAAAGAGACAAGAGAGCGAAUUUUCGGACCGGAGAGUGAAAAUAUCGACAGCAACGAUGCCGUGAACGAGGUUUCACGCACUAGCUCUAGGAAUGAGAAGAAAAAGAAAAAACACAAGAACAACGAUGACGGUUUUGAAGCACGAUCCCAAUUCAACGCUUAUUAUCCUUCCAUGCAGUAUCCUGUCACAACCUACGAUCAGACUGCAGCUUCACCGGCAUGUUACAGCCCUUAUACCAUGCAGCAGGGGAAUAUGUUAAGCCAGCCCGGGCCUGUAGGCGCGGCCUUGUUGCAGCAAGGCUAUCAACAGGGAUACAAUCCAAUGGCAACCCCACAAGGUUUCCCAGCUAUGACGAGCCAAAAUCCGUCACUAAGUGGAUACGAUUUGCAAGCCGCAAACGCCCAUGCCGCGAGCUACAAUCAACAGAUUUCAUCUCAUUACUAUCCGCCGAUGCAGCAAGGCAUUGGCAUUGGUCAAUCGUCUCCAGUCAUUUCUUCGCCAGCAAUAAGCAACCACGGUCAAUUUUCUCGGCCGCAGUCGCAGUUGUCCGAUCAACAGUGGUCUCAGAACACGUAUCCUUACUCUUACCCGCAACAGAGAGAUCAGCAGCAGUAUUUCCCCUUACCAAUGCAAAGUCCAAAUCCAGUGGCCGGCGUAGCAUCGGUUCCCUACCAGUAUGGGCAAUUACCUUUGCAGCCUGGCACGCAGGGUGUAAGAGCUCAGCAUCCACUACCGGGCAGCUAUAAGAGCCAAGCUUUCAACCCGCAAACCCGAGCUUUCGUGCCCAAUGGGGGCUCUGGUCCACCGCAGGCCGUUCAACAUGGGAACAAUUCUAGUCUUUCGACCCGAAAUCUGAACGGAAGUCAAUACUCGCCAUAUAUCCAACAACCGUCGCCCUACCACCAAGGAUCUUCGCUGCCAGUAUCUGCGUCCUACAGCUUUAGCCAUGAGCCCAAAGCCUACGGAACACGCAAAAGCUCAACACAGUCGAAUGCUGCACAUUCGCCAGUGCAAAGCUCGCUUUCAAAAUGGGGCACUCCGUCUCACCUGCCUCCGAAGCCACCGCCUCCAGAGGUGCCAAGCAUGCCCGAGGCUCAACACUCCCUUCCUAUGAACAACCAAUUCAGCGUGAAUGUUCAAUCGUUGAAGAAUGGAGGACAACAAAUGCCCAGCUUCCAAAAUGGGGUUUAUUCGAUGCCAAGCGUUGGUUCCCAGGCUACAUAG